AUGUCACAACAGCCUGCUCCCGCCUCAUCCGACCUCGCGCAGCCACCGCCAACGGCCUCUGCGUCGUCGUCGGCGGUGCCCUGGUCCGAGGUGCGCUACUUUCACCCUCCCAGCGGCACUACGAGCUCCAUACCGCCGCCGCCGAGCACCGACCCGGAACCGACGGCCUCGGAGCUCAAAUCCACCUUCCUCUCGUCGUCGCGGCCGCCUACGGGACCAGAUGCGCCGCUGCUCACCGCGGCCGCCCGCGCACGCCUGUACCCGCCCAAGCCGCGCAAGACGUACACGUCGAUCCGGCUGCGACUCCGCUUCCCGGACCGCUCCAUGCUCGAGGCGCUCCUCCCCGUCUCGGCCACCAUCGCCGACGUCUUUGCCUUGCUCCAACAUCACCUCGAUCCGGCGGUGGCCGCGGCCGCCGGCUCGCAGGCGGUGCUGUGGCAGACGAUGCCCCGAACCGAGUGGAGGGAUACCGAGCGGGAUCGGAGCGUCCGGCUCGACUCGCUGGGCUGGGCGCCCAAUGCCCUCGUCAACGUCAAGUGGACCGACGACGCCACCAUGAACCGCUCCAGCUGGCUCAAGGACGAGCUCAGAAACGCCGCUGCGCCCGUGCCGGUGCCGAGCUGGGACGAGGCCGCAUCCGCACCAGCAUCGCAGCAACAGCCGCACCAGCGCGACGACACCAAAAAGGACGACGGGAAAAAGCCGAUGCCAAAGUGGCUCAAGGGCAUCGUCAAAAAGUGA